AUGGAUAAACUAAAAACAGUGUAUGUGGACUCUGCAUUUAGCAUAAUUAAAGGGGCUUUAUGUAUCAUUUUGCAGAUUCCCACAAGCAGAACAACUGAAAGCAUAAAAAGGAAGCCAAACAACUUGGGCAUACUGACAGUAAAUCGUAUCGCAGUAGAACCAACAAUAAAUCAGUACGAUGACAUAAAAAAGCUUAUAAGAAAUAAAAUUCAGGAAGAGGUGCCUUUUUACAAUUACUGCAUCGAUCGAAGGUUUGCGGAAAAGUUUUAUGGGGAUUGUAUUUACGAUAAUUUCGGAUUAGCAAAGGAUAUCAACGAAAUAAAUUUAAUAAUUUUAGAAGAGUGGAAUAUCAAUUGUAAUAGAAAUAGAGUUUUAAAGCAUACAGGAUUGAUAAAAGAUAUUGAAGUAAGUAAAUUUAAAUAUUUGAAUAAUAAGGAAUCGUUGGAAGUGCAUUUUUCUGUUAAUCCGAAGUAUACAUUUGAAGAGUUAAGUGCCAUUUACAAAGAUGAGAGAGGACUACACAAUUUUUUGUUGUGCCCUGUGAUGAAGGUAAAUACUAGUUCUACGAAUGAGGAUAAUAAUGGAGUAGGAGCAACGGAUAAGUGUGGGGUGAUUGGUGUGAAUGGGGUAACUGCCGCGAAUGCCAUAAAUGGCUUGAAUAAUUUGAACGAAUCCUCCGCGCAUAUAAGUGUAGAGGAGAUUUUUCCGAAAAAUAAAGUGCUACCCCCAUCAGGUGUCGAGAAUAUAAAUUUUGAUAGAUCUAAGGAGGUUACACCUUGGGACGUAAAUAUAAGUGAAGAAGGGAUAAAUUAUAGCAAACUGAUAAAGGACUUUGGGUGUUCAAAUAUUACAGAAAAUCAUAUUAAAAGAAUUGAACAGUUAACUAAUAAAAAAGCACAUCAUUUUAUUAGAAGAGGAAUUUUUUUUAGUCAUAGAGAUUUAGAUUUCUUAUUAAAUUAUUAUGAAAAGAAUAAAUGCUUUUACAUAUAUACUGGUAGAGGUCCUUCCUCUUUAUCUAUGCAUUUAGGUCAUUUAAUACCAUUUUAUUUUUGUAAAUAUUUACAAGAUGCAUUUAAUGUUCCUUUGGUUAUACAAAUCUCAGAUGAUGAAAAAUUUUUAUUUAAUCAAAAUUAUUCCUUAGAAUAUAUUAACAAACUAGCAUAUGAAAAUGUAAAAGAUAUAAUAGCAGUAGGUCUAAAUCCUGAUUUAACUUUUAUUUUUAAAAAUACUGAAUAUGCAGGUAAUUUAUAUCCUACUGUUUUAUUAAUUCAUAAAAAAACAACAUUAAAUCAAAGCAUGAAUGUUUUUGGUUUUAAUCAUAGUGAUAAUAUUGGAAAAAUAUCGUAUCCGUCUUUUCAAAUUGCUCCUUGUUUUUCUCAGUGCUUUCCAAAUUUUUUAGGCAAAAAUAUACCUUGCCUAGUCCCUCAAGGGAUUGAUCAGGAUCCCUACUUCCGACUAAGUAGAGAUAUUGCCGUGAAAUUAGCUUUACAUAAGCCCGUAGUCGUGCAUUCUGUUUUUAUGCCGGGUUUGCAUGGAGUUAACUCCAAAAUGAGCAGCACGAAGAAAAAGAAAGACGAAAAGGGUAAUAUAAACAAUAGUAGCAACAAGGGCAGCAAUAACAGUAACAACAAUAAUAGCACUAAUAGCAUUACUAAUAAUCCCAAGGAGGAACAACAUAAUAACAGUGUAAUAUUUUUAACUGAUUCACCUGAACAAGUCAGAAAUAAAAUUAACAAAUACGCCUUCAGUGGGGGAGGUGCUACUAUAGAGGAGCAUAGACAAAAAGGAGCAAAUUUAGAUAAGGAUAUUUCUUAUCAAUAUUUAAGGUACCUUCUAGAUGAUGAUGACCAGUUAAACGAAAUAGGUGAAAAAUAUAAAAAGGGGGAAAUGCUAAGUGGUGAAAUUAAAAAAAUACUCAUAGACGUUUUAACAGAUUUGAUACAAAAACAUCAACAGAGAAGGGCAUCCUUAAAAGACGAGGAAAUUUUAAAUUUUUUUAAUGAUAAUAAACCGGCUCUUAGGAAAUUCAAGGACAUGUAA